AUGGACUGUUCCAUAUUCUGUAGGACGAAACUUCGUUUUAGUAAUGCUUUCUUCCUCUUGCUUAUCAUCUCCUCUGUUACUUGUCUUCAUGUAGUCUUUGGCACUGCAAAUGAAUUUGAUUAUGGUGUUCACUGUAACUCAGUUGUUCAUGAAUCCAAACCAGCUGAUGAGGAGUUCAAUAUCACGCCUUUCCCUGGACGUCAAAAUGGUUACUACAGUGGUGGUGAUAAAGUCCUAAACAAUCCUCCUUCACGUUUCUACUCUCCACCCGAAUCUAAAACGUUACUUUUCGAGACUCACCACGUAUUUACAACCCAUGCUGAUGAUGUCUUUAUGGUGGAAGGAAACCUGAUUUUUCAAACCUGGUUUUCCUACGAACAGAAUAUCUCCUCUAGAAGCUCAUUCAUUUCAAGUUCAAGCAAUUCAAGCAACCGUGGGACUCUAGACUUCAAUUUUCGAGGCUUCUGGUCUCGAAUUACCGGGAAGCUUUGCAUGGUGGGAAAGGGUUAUGUUUACUCCAAAGAAGGUAAAUUGCUUCAUCUUGCAGCUGUUCUUAAGAUUAAUAAUCUUAAAAAUUCAAGUACUAUAAGAACUUUAGUCACUGGUACCAUGGAUAGCUUGAAUUCUGUUGAUGAUCCAAAUUAUUUUGAGCAAAUUUCACUACUGAUGUUUCCUCAAGUAAAUUACACUUAUACUAUGGUGUCAAAACAGUUUAGUGAAGGAUGUUCUGAGGGAACCAAUGUCCAACAGGAGUUGUCCCUUAGAUUAUCGCGAACUCGAACCAUUUGCGAUAUGUUUUUAGGAGGAGGCAAUGCUUUCGAACUGCAGUAUAUUGGUAGUUGUAAGUCUUCAAAGAGUUGCAAUCCAUUUGGUGAUAGUAUUGGAUACUUGCCUUCGUUGAUGUCAUUGAGUAUGAUUCAGUGCUCCAAUGAUAGGCUAAGCUUGAGGUUUCUGAUAGAAUUUCGGACCAAUAGUUACAGGGGAUAUUAUGGCUCUCCAAAUAUUAGUACUUCAUUAAUUGGAGAAGGAUCUUGGGAUGAAAAGAAGAACCGGCUUCGUAUCGUUGCAUGCCGAAUCUAUGAUGCAUCAAGCUCCUUGGAGAAGUCCCAUGUUGGAGACUGCACAACGAGGUUGAGCUUAAGAUUCCCAGCCAUCUUGUCUAUCAGAAACACAAGCACCAUUGUAGGAGAAAUUUGGAGUGUGAAGCCUAGGAAUGAAUCAGGGUUCUUUGAUAGGGUCCAGUUUCGUUAUGGGGGACGAAUUCAGCUUCAAGGUUUGAAGUAUGAGUACAUGCAAAUGGACAAAGUGAAGAAAUCAUGUCCAAUGAAGAAUCCUAGGAAUAGUAGCAACAGGGGACAAUAUCCAUAUGGUUAUUCUCCAGACAUGCAGUUUAGGUUGUGGGUCAUCGAACGUUCUGAAGGAAUAAUGGGAUGGGGUUCUUUGGAUCCUCUUGCGGUAGGCGAUCAACAGUAUCAGAGAUUUCCAUUUCUACUACCAUCCUCAAGCUCAAAGCCUAAUAAUUCUGGUGUUGAAUCCGAUUCCAACAGUGGCUUGCUUAAUAUCAGCUAUAAAAUAAGCAUCACACUAUCUAGUUCGAAAUUGGAUGGUGGUCUUAAUCCGGUUAAUGAUUCUUCAAAUGAAUCUCUGCGAACCAAAAUCCAAAUUUCUGCUGAAGGGGUUUAUGAUAUAGCAACAGGCAGCCUGUGCAUGGUUGGCUGCAGGCAUUUAAGGUCAGGUGACAAAUCGUUUUCAAGUGAUUCUAUGGAUUGUGAGAUACUCGUGAAAAUCAGUUUUCCUCCAUUGAACUUGGACAUGAGAAGUAAGAUCAAAGGAAGCAUACAGAGCAUGCGCGAAAAAACUGAUCCUCUGUUCUUCAAGCCUCUGCAGUUUUCGGGAAGAUCUUAUUAUCGCAGUCGGAUAAUGGAACCGAUUGUGAUAAAUCAUUUCGAGACUAGAUCGAUUUGGAGAAGGGGUUUCGAUUUGAUCAUGGGACAGAUUAUUUUUCAACUGCUCGGGACGUUAUUGUUAUUGUGUCAGUUAUAUUGUUCUCGCUACAAUAAUACAGUACCAACAACACUUCGGCAGUCGAUAUUUCCUUCCGAAGAGAUUCCACUAAUCGGUGACAGAUGA